AUGCUCUACCAGGACAUCCAGGCCCGCUCGGCCGCCUGGAAGGCUGAUGGCAUGUGCUCCACCAAGGCAGGCAGUCGGCCAGAGAACAUGAGGAAGAACCGCUACAAAGACGUGCUGCCAUAUGAUCAGACGCGAGUAAUCCUCUCCCUGCUCCAGGAAGAGGGACAAAGCGACUACAUUAAUGGCAACUUCAUCCGGGGCGUGGAUGGAAGCCUGGCCUACAUUGCCACUCAAGGACCCUUGCCUCACACCCUGCUAGACUUCUGGAGACUGGUCUGGGAGUUUGGGGUCAAGGUGAUCCUGAUGGCCUGCCGGGAGAUAGAGAAUGGGCGGAAAAGGUGUGAGCGGUACUGGGCCCAGGAGCAGGAGCCACUGCAGACUGGGCUUUUCUGCAUCACUCUGAUUAAGGAGAAGUGGCUGAAUGAGGACAUCAUGCUGAGGACCCUCAAGGUCACAUUCCAGAAGGAGUCCCGUUCUGUGUCCCAGCUACAGUAUAUGUCCUGGCCAGACCGUGGGGUCCCCAGCAGUUCUGACCACAUGCUUGCCAUGGUGGAGGAAGCCCGUCGCCUCCAGGGAUCUGGCCCUGAACCCCUCUGUGUCCACUGCAGUGCGGGCUGUGGGCGAACAGGUGUCCUGUGCACCGUGGAUUAUGUGAGGCAGCUGCUCCUGACCCAGAUGAUCCCACCUGACUUCAGCCUCUUUGAUGUGGUCCUUGAGAUGAGGAAGCAGCGGCCUGCGGCCGUGCAGACAGAGGAGCAGUACAGGUUCCUGUACCACACGGUGGCCCAGAUGUUCUGCUCCACGCUCCAGAAUGCCACCCCCCACUACCAGAACAUCAAAGAGAAUUGUGCCCCACUCUACGACGAUGCCCUCUUCCUCCGGACUCCCCAGGCACUUCUCGCCAUACCCCGCCCACCAGGAGGCGUCCUCAGGAGCAUCUCGGUGCCCGGGUCCCCGGGCCACGCCAUGGCUGACACCUACGCGGUGGUGCAGAAGCGCGGGGCUCCAGCGGGCGCCGGGCCGGGGCCGGAGACCGGGACGGGGGCGCGCAGCGCGGAGGAGGUGCCGCUCUACAGCCAGGUGACGCCGCGCGCCCAGCGGCCCGGGGGGCACGCGGAAGACGUGCGGGGCACGGUGCCUGGCCGCGUUCCUGCUGACCCAAGUCCUGCCGCAUCUGGCGCCUACGAGGACGUGGCGGGUGGAGCUCAGACCGGUGGGCUAGGUUUCAACCUGCGCAUUGGGAGGCCGAAGGGGCCCCGGGACCCCCCUGCUGAGUGGACCCGGGUGUCUCUGGACCUCUGACUGACACUGUGCCUGCCCAGGUCCCUGUCUGUACCGCCACAGUACCUGGGUCCCAUGUCCACCCCUGUCCUGCCCUUCUCUGGGUGAGGGCUGGCCUUCCCCUGCCUCUGCCUGGCUGCAUCCUUGGUCGAUCUCAAGUGCCUUGGCAUGAACUCCACUCUCCUGCAGCCUUUAAUCAGGGAAUGAUGGGGGAUGUGUUCAUAUCCCACCCCACCCCUUGGCCGGGUGAUGCUGAGAUGUGGAUUUUUAAUAGUUCCCAGACUUUUCCAGGAGGCUUGGGUUUGGGUGGCCACAGUGGGAGCUGGUGUGAUAUACCUUCGCUGGCCGCCUUUCCUUCCUGUUCUCUGUGCCCCUACUUCCCACUCUAGAACUGCCCUGUUUCUCUGUUUUCGUGAAAGAGCUGGCCCUGUGCUGCCUCCCACUCUCCCAGUGCCCCUGCCUCUCCUGUGAGCCUGCUGCUGGUGAGGUUGGUGCUGACCUCUGUGUUGCUGGAUAAUGAGUCAUUUAUCUCUGGAGGAGAGGAAAGGCAGGUCCUCCACAGCCCUGAUAAAAUCUCCAAGUCUUGCAGUUUCAGGUCCUUCUCCUGGGAUGCAAUCCUACUGCCUGCCCAGGUGGCACAGUCCACAUCCCCUCUUCUUGGGAAUAGGGGCAUGGGAAAGUGACAGAAGAUACUGUUCUGGCUGCUGUGUUCACUGUGAGUAAUAAAUUGUCCAUUUCUCCGA